AAGCUUAGUAGUCGGGGUUGCGUUGCAGCGGGCCAGGGGCAGAGAGAACUCCACGGGGGGGUUGUUGUAAGUGCGUGCGUAGUAUGUCGGUACGGAGCGAAGUCCCUAUGCAGGCAUUUCCAAGGGUGCGCUAGAUUUGGUAGGACGCCGAUGGUAAGUAGGCUGCGCUGGCUGGUAAGGUACAAGUAAGCAAGCUGGGAACGCUUAGGCAGGUAGACGGAGAGGGCAGGACAGGGCUCGGAGGCGGUGGGUGUAUAGAUGAUACCGCCGAAGGAGUAAGGAAUUCUUUACCAAGGCGCCGAGGCUGAACGGGGGGGAGGGGGAGGAGGAGAGAGAGGAUGGGAAAGGGACCGAACGGUGACUUUACGAUAUGUGGGUGUGUAAAUCGGUAUUAGUCUAUGGGGAGGGACGGGAAGGGGGGGGAAAAAAGACGAGAGAGAGAGAGAGAGAGAGAGAGAGGCAAGCUCUUCUUUGUCUAAAGAAAAGAAUAGAACAAUCGGAAGGCCGAAUUUUGAGUGGAGAUUCGGUCUCUUCGCUCUUCGCCCUUCCCUCUUCUCACUCGCGCUCUCUUUCGCCCCUCUCUUUCGUUUCUGCGUCCCUUUGCCUCGCUUGCUCGAAGAUUCUUUUUUUAGUUGAAGCGGUUGUGGUUUUAGACGUCUCUUUUCGCCCUUGCUUUUCUCCGCCCAGGAGCUGCAAAAAUAGCGAUCCGGGGGUUUCAAUGCUGGCAAAGUUUUUCUUCUUCUUCUUCUUUCUCUCCCGCUUCGCUGCGCGCAGAUCACCCGCCGGCGCGCGUGAACAAGGGCAAGCUAAGGAACUGCACUGUGCAGCUCGAUUGCCUCGGCGGUGCUAUGCGGCUAAUGGAGUACCCGGGAAAAAGGGCCCUGUUUCUCUAAUGCGGAUGGGGAAUAUCGGAGAACGGACGAAGACUCGAAGACAUGGUGCGUGUAAGUCGCUUGCGACCAAAAAAAAAACAAACUCACCAAAACUUCAGCAGCACGCAGUGCGCCCACUUAGAAAUAACCGUGACGGCGGCGACGGAGCACCGCUAGCAGCAGCAGCAGCAGUGAAUGUUUGGAUGUAAAUAGUACGUCCAAUCAAGCGGGAUCAGCAGCGAUAGGGUU